AAAGAAAAAAGUUUCUAAAAAAAAUGGGUCCAUUUUUUCCAGUACUACUCCUUUUUCAUACUCAAAUGCAAAGCUUUUUUCUCUAAAGAACACGAUCCAAAUCGCACUCCGCCGCUCCCCCUUCGAAAUUUCUGAAUAUAUAUAGAGUUUGAACCAAAAUUACUGGAUUUCAAAUGAGUGACGACUCAUAAGAUUUGAUUUGUUGAAAUGGAAGAUCAGUAUGGAAUGGCAGAUCUAAGACAAUACAUGAAUGGUGGGCGUUCGAUUUUCGGUUCGAUCCAACAAGUACCACCAGAGCUGUUACCUGCUACUUCUCACCAGCAACAACAACAACACAGGAAUCUUGGGCCGGGCCAUCACCAGUAUGAGAUGGUGAUGGGACUGGCCCAAGUUCCUUCGUCUUCAUCUGGUCACGGGCUUACUACUCCACAUCACCACCACCAACAUGAGUUCCUUACGGACUCGAGUACUCCUGUAGCUGUAGCUGCUACAGCUAUAGGAACUACUACUACGAGUGCCGGAUUUAGUGGAAUGGAUCAGAUGGAGAUUGGUGGUGGUGGUGGUGGAGACGGAAGUGGACGGUGGCCGAGACAAGAGACACUUACACUACUUGAAAUCAGAUCAAGAUUGGAUUCAAAGUUCAAAGAAGCUAAUCAAAAAGGACCCUUAUGGGAUGAAGUUUCAAGGAUUAUGUCUGAGGAACAUGGAUACCAAAGGACUGGAAAGAAAUGUAGAGAGAAAUUUGAGAACUUGUACAAGUACUACAAGAAAACUAAAGAGGGUAAAGCUGGAAGACAAGAUGGAAAACACUAUCGAUUUUUUCGACAACUUGAAGCUUUAUAUGGUGAAACAAGCAAUAAUAUUUCAUCUACCUCAACGGAAGUUCUUCAUCAGGGAAGUCAUUUUCCUUAUAAUUCCGUUAAUAACAACAUGAAUCAAGAUCCUCAUAAUUUUCACCACGUCCAUCAAGGUCCUAAGAUAUCCGAUAGCAUAAGUCUAUCUAAUUCAUCUGAAUUCAAUACGACUUCCUCAGAUGAUAGUGAUCAAGAGAAGAAGAAGAAGAGGAGGGGGAAGAGGAGUUUAAAGGCGAAGAUAAAAGAUUUCAUUGAUGGACAAAUGAGAAAGUUGAUGGAGAAACAAGAAGAAUGGUUGGAGAAAAUGAUGAAAAUGAUUGAACAUAAAGAACAAGAGAGGAUAUUGAGAGAAGAAGAAUGGAGGAAUCAAGAGACGAUUCGUAUGGAAAGGGAACAUAAAUUUUGGGCUAAUGAGAGGGCAUGGAUAGAAACGCGCGAUGCUGCUUUGAUGGAGGCUGUGAAUAAGCUAAGUGGUAAAGAUUUGAAGAGUACUCUUGAUGAAGAAAUGGUUGAUAAUAGAAGAGGAGAUGUGAGAGACAGUCUAAAAGAUGAUGAUGUUGACCAGCACUGGCCUGAUAGUGAAAUAACUAGGUUAAUACAACUUAGGACUAGCAUGGAAUCAAGAUAUCAACAAUUGGGAAUUUCAUCAUCAAUAGAUGAUCAUGAUAAUGAUCAUGAUCAUGUAUUAUGGGAAGAGAUUAGUGAAAAAAUGGCUAUUUUGGGAUAUGAAAAAAGUGCUACAAUGUGCAAGAAAAGAUGGGGUAGCAUCAAUAGUUACCUAAUGAAGUGCAACAAGAAAAGAAAAGAACAAAAUUCAACAAGUUUGUUAUGUUACAAUGGUAAUGUACAAAUCAACAAUCAAUAUUAUGAAGCUGAUGGAUCAUCAUGUUUUAGGUACUUAAUGGGAGAUCAUCAUCAAAACUUAUGGGAAAAUUAUGAAUUGAAAUUAAGCAAAGGUGGUGAUGGUGGUGGAAAUAAUUGAAGAUGUGUCACAACAAGUACAACAAGAUAAUUUGUAAGUUUUUUUUUUUUUUACUUAAAAAAAAAUAAAGAUUGAUUGACAUGAAGUUAUUUGUCUUGGGUUGCUAACUGUUUUUGUGGAACAUAUUAUUGAUUUGAAGUUAACUUGUCCUAGCUAGGAGGUUGAUCAAUUUGGCUACCUAAUUUUACUA